AUGGCUGACAAGAUCCACCUCCGGAUCAAGGCCAUCAAUCUACCUGGUGCAGCUCCCGCCUUAGUUUCUUCACUUCCUCUGAAGCACAAGUCGCCGACCGGGCCACCUGACACGCCGAGGCUGCGCCUAUCGGAUCAGGCAAGUCCCUUCUUCUUCGGAAGUGGGGCUGAGGCUGGUGUCCAGGACAAUCUCGUGGAGGUGGUGCGCCGGAACCCUGCGGCGGCCUCGCGGCUCCUGUACACCACGGCCUUGUUCAGCUCUGCUGGUAAUGCAAUCUCUGCUGCCAGCUGCUUUGUGUUCUUGUGGUUUCACUGGCAACUUUGUGCCACUUGUGAUCGUCCGCUGAGGUGGUGGCUUCUUCUGCAAGCUUGCAUUCAACUUGUGCAGAUGCCCGUCCGUAUGGCGCUGCUCUACUGCGUGUGCCAGGUUGAGGAGUCCGGGACUAGCUUGGAGGAUUGGGUUGUGCGGCUGACAUCUUCAAAAGCUUGGCGUCUGAGCAAGAAUCUUGCCAUUUUCCAGUACGGCUGGUUCGUGCUGGGAAUGGUUUGGUGGAUGCACACGGACUCCUGUCCAGAUUGCCCCGCAGUCUCAAAGCUGACAGCAGCCGUAAUGUCCCUCUCGGCGGUGCGAGCAACCUUCGUGAUUGCCAUCUUUCGAGCACUCUUCCGUGAGGGAGAUCUGGUCCAGGAGCCCGCUGCUGUGGGGGCCACAAGAGAGCAAAUCAGCGCUCUUCAUGCAUUCCGGUUUACAAAAGCUGUCAGCGACGACCAGGAUGCUCCAUGCUCCAUCUGCCUCUCGGGUUUUGCGGACGGCACGCUGGUUCGGAGGCUGCCCUGUGGCCACGAGUUUCAUCGUCAUUGCAUUGACAGGUGGCUUCGGCGCAACAAGCGCUGCCCCUUGUGUAUGGCUUCGAUUGAAUGCUGUCCUUUGCGACGUCGUGCCCCUGAGUGA